AUUUGUCAGGCUCUUACUUAGCUCAUUAUUAUGCUAAAUAUAACGUUUUGUUUUCGUAAACACGUCAGUACCUACUCUUAUUACUUGGAAAUACUUCUACAUGAUCCGAAAGAGCAGCGUUGAGAUGAUGAGAACAAAAAAUAAACUAAGAAAUGAAAAUUACAGUCAACUAACCGAUAAAAAGUAAUUCACAGUGACAAAAAACUGGGUUCAAAUCUCAAAAGCACCGCAGGCUGUAUAUCCAGACAAUAAAAGGUCGUAUCGCGGCAUAGAAACAAAAUUAACUUUUUUCGCCCAAGGUCAUUGGCCAAAUCACCGAAAUCCUCGCUCUCGUGACCGCUCGCCGCCUUUACUCCCUCCAAAAGAACUGGACACAUGACUCAUUAUUUACUGAGGCAACUCAGACCUCGGCAACAUGUAAAUCAUCGUUCCCCUUUGUCUCCACAGGUCGUGUUUCCAACGUUUCGUUAUUUACACAGAUGACAACGAAACCUUACGUGAAAACCCAGACAAUCCAACGAGUGAAACGAAUCGAAUUUAAAAACUAAAAACUAAAGUAACCCAAGCAUUCCAAAUUCAAACUAACAAAGUUGCCAUAUUAACUUAACAAGCUUUUUAAAAUACUCGAUAAGGCGCCAGACAUUUAAGUGAGUAAUCGAUAAAUUAAGUGCAUAAAAAAUCGUGUCAAGAUCAAUAAGUGUGUGUCAAGGGGUACACGGCUUUCCUUUUGUGGACCAAGACUGGAUGAUCGUGAUAAAUUGUGGUGAAUCGUUUAAAAGUGACCGUCGCCGGACGUCGUGGAAGGAUUUUGGCGGAUCCUUUCGUGAUUGUUUUGCGUGAAUCGGAACGUACUCUUAGUGUCAAGGAAUUUGCGUUACCCCUUGAUUUAAAGCAGUGUUCGAAUCAAAUUAUGUUAAGUGUAUGUGCGUGAAAGAUGUCGACGCAAGCGUAUUACAAGGAGCGCCUGGGGUUUGAUCCCCAAGAGGCGAUCCAGGACGGAGUCAACGGGGGAUACUACGAUGGGCCCCACCAGCCUAAAAGACACCGAGGGGAGCACGGAGGCCCCGAAACACACGACCACGUGUACGAGGAGAAUUUGACCAAAUUCAAAGACGAACGUGAUGCAAUACAGAAGAAGACGUUCACCAAGUGGGUCAACAAACACUUGAAAAAGGUAAUUAAUGUGUUUAAUUAAUAAAUUU